AUGUUACCUGCAAAAACUUUAGUUCAUUUUAUAUUGCUGGGUUUGGUUGCAGCUCAACUGGUUCCCUUGAAGGAACAACUUCAGUUCGAGCAUUGGUUCAAAAGUUGGGUACGUUUAAUUUAUACGGAAAGCAAAUUCGAAAAUAUCUUAAUACUGCGUCAUAAACCUGAUGAUUGUUUCUUGGAAAAUUUGCAAAAUAUACUUGAACAACCCAAAUGGCUCUUCUCCACAAAUAAUACUUUUAAUCUAAAACAAAAAUUUAAUAGUGAAAUCUUGGCUUUUGUAUGUUUACAGAAAAAAUUUGAUGUUCUCCAAUUAAAUCCUUUGACGAAAAUUCUAAAUCAUAUACGACACUCCCGACUCAUCUUUUUAGGUAAGGAUUUCGCUCAAUCGCAAGAGCUGUGCGAUCCACUCAAGAAUUUCUGUGAAAAACAUCAAUUUACAAACGUGAUUAUUUUAUUUGAAAAUUUAAUGAAAGAACAGCAUUUCUAUAGGUUAACACCAUAUCCAGUAUAUAAAACAGUCAGAGCAACUAUCAACAAUACAAAAGAAAUUUUUCCUAAAUUUUGGUUAAAUUUUCAUGGUAAAGUCUUGCUCACAUUACCAGAUCAAGUUGAGCCUCGCAGCUUUAUGUACAUGAGUCACAAUGGUCAACAGAAAUUAAGUGGUUAUAUAGCAAAAUUAAUACAAUUAUUUGCUAAGCGAUACAACGCUACACUCCAGUUCCUCUCUCCGGUAAAAAUUGGGAAAAUUAUUCAUCCGCCUUUUAUGAAAAACUAUACGCAAAAUCGAUCGUUAGAUUUGCCAAUUAACUUAGGAGGUGUUUUGAAAUUUGAUCAUUACCAUGAAAUGUCGUAUCCGGUUGAAUUAAGUUCCUGGUUAAUAAUGGUGCCAACGACGGGCUCAUUGAUCACUGCUGAUGUUUAUCGUAUAAUUAUGGAAAAUACACUGAUAAUUGCUUUUGUGUUUACAAUAUUUAUUUUUUCAGUACUUUUCACGAUCAUCGAUAGCGAUUUAACUUCAAGAACUGGAAGGCAAAUCAAAAUAAGACUCAUAAAUUUAAUACUAAACGAUAAAGUUGUGCCUGGAGUCUUAGGACAAUCUUACAUAUUUCACACACAACCAAAGCUAGCACAAAGAUUUUUAUAUAUAUCAAUUUUCAUAAUGGGUCUUACAUUAAAUACCCUUUAUACAGCGCAUUUAAAAACUCUUAUCACAAGUCAUCCCUCACUUCCACAAAUAAUGACAUUCGAUGAUUUACGAAAAAUGGGUGUGAAUAUUUUAGUUGAUGAAACCGAAAUUAAGGAAGUGUACAAGUCUAAAGCAUCUACUAUUUUGGACAAAAUACACGAUUUAAUGAUUAUGACAGAUACUUUAACAUUUCACAAUCGGCGUAGAAAUCUAACUACAUCAUAUGCUUAUACAGUAUCAGCACCACUGUGGGCAGUUUUCGAACAACAACAGCUCUUCUUUGCGCAUAAAAUUUUUUAUGCCCCGAAAUCAAUGGUUCUCUCUGAUAUGUAUUAUAUGUGUGUUCCACUCCAGAAAAAUUCUGUGCUUAAGCAAUCCCUUGAUUCUUAUGUUCACCGCAUUAACGCUGCAGGUUUAUUACGUUAUUGGUAUGUAAGCACAUUUCGGGAUAUGCUGGUAGCAAACAAAAUAUCUCUUACUGAUCGCACCAAAGUGGAAACAUUCCACAGUUUGAGCGCUUGGGAUUUGAAAUGGAUAUGGAUAUUUAUUACAUGCAGUUAUGUGUUAAGCAUUGUGAUAUUCUUUAUGGAGUUAUGUGUAAGUUCUAUUAAUUUGAGAAAGUCAUAA